AUGAUUCCCACACAAAUUGGGAUACCUGAUAAAUUUGUAUUACCUGGGGCUUUUUCUUCCCAAUCCAGCAUUACCCUCCAUACCUCACUCCCUAUCAAAACCCCCCUUCGAAAUGAUUUGAAACGUAUUGAAAUCAGGAGAAAAAGACUACAUUUUCCCCAUGCAUUCUUUCGAAAAUCCGAUUCGGGUCAGAAUAAUGAUAAUAGUGCACCACAGGAUGAUUUUGUAACUAGGGUUCUGAAGGAAAAUCCUUGUCAGAUAGAGCCCAGAUAUAAAAUUGGUGAUAAAUUGUAUACACUGAAGGAGAAAGAGAAUUUGGGGAAGAAGAGUCAUGGUAGUAAUAGUGCUUCGGAGAUUCUCAAGAGUCUAAAUUCGAAAUGGUUGAGCAACAACAAAAGCGGAGAUAGGGUGGAUUAUUCACAGGAUGUGUAUUUGAAUGAUAUUCUGAGGAAAUCAAAGGGGAAACUUUAUGUUCCCGAACAGAUAUUCGUAGAGGAAUUAUCUGAAGAAGCCGAAUUCGAUAGGGAGUUCGAGUUGUUGCCAAAAAUUAGCUUUGACAAUCUCCAGAAGUAUAUAGAGACCGAUACGAUAAAGUUUUUGACUUUCAAAGAUAAAGGUGAUGUUUCUUAUGGACAAAAGGAUCUUAUCGUGGAGCUGAAAGAGAUUCCGGGAGACAAGAAUUUGCAGAGGACUAAGUGGUCGAUAAAGCUUGAUGAUAUUCAAGUACAAACUGUUCUAAAUAAGUAUAAUGGACCCAAAUAUGAGAUAGAGACACAAACGAUGACAUGGGUGGGAAAGCUCCCACAGUAUCCAAAUCCAGUCGCCUCAUCAAUAUCCAGCAGGGUGAUGGUGGAACUUGGUGCAGCGACAGCUGCAAUUGCUGCAGCUGCGGUUGUUGUUGGUGGCUUUUUAGCUUCAGCUGUAUUCGCAGCAACCGGUUUCGUUUAUGUAGGGACCACAUAUGUCAUAUGGCCCAUGGCAAAAUCACUGCUUAGCGUUCCUAUAGAAGUUGUUGGUGGUGUUUUGGAAAGAGUGGGUGAUGCGAUGUUAGACAUGUUCUUCUAUGGCGGGAUUUCCUCAAAGUUGAAUGAAAUAAGGCCCAAGAAUUUCAGAAAAUGGGACAUAUGGCAAGGAAUUGAAUUUUCACAGUCUAAACCACAAGCUCGAGUUGAUGGUUCAACUGGUGUUACAUUUAGCGAUGUGGCAGGUAUUGAAAUAGCAGUCGAAGAGCUCCAAGAGCUAGUCAAAUACUUGAAGAAUCCAGAACUAUUUGACAAGAUGGGGAUAAAACCACCUCAUGGUGUACUACUAGAGGGUCCUCCAGGAUGUGGCAAGACCCUUGUGGCUAAAGCUAUAGCUGGAGAAGCUGGUGUCCCAUUUUACCAAAUGGCUGGAUCAGAAUUUGUUGAAGUGUUAGUUGGUGUUGGAUCUGCUCGAAUUAGGGAUUUAUUCAAAAGGGCAAAAGUCAACAGACCAUCUGUUAUAUUUAUUGAUGAAAUUGAUGCAUUAGCUACAAGGCGUCAAGGGAUAUUUAGUGACAAAACAGAUGAUCUAUACAAUGCUGCUACACAAGAAAGGGAAACUACAUUGAACCAAUUGUUGAUAGAAUUGGAUGGAUUUGAUACAGGAAAAGGUGUUAUUUUUUUGGGUGCUACAAAUCGUAAGGAUUUGUUAGAUCCUGCACUUUUGAGGCCUGGUAGAUUUGAUCGAAAGAUAAGAAUUCGUCCUCCUAAUGCAAAAGGGCGAUUGGAAAUAUUGCAAGUGCAUGCACGCAAAGUGAAGUUGUCAGAAUCUGUUGAUUUAUCUGUUUUUGCCCAAAAUCUCCCUGGAUGGAGUGGUGCAAGAUUGGCUCAGCUCCUCCAAGAGGCUGCUCUUGUAGCUGUGAGAAACAAACAUGAGUCAAUCCUUCAGUCAGAUGUUGGUGAAGCUGUUGACCGUUUGACCGUGGGCCCCAAACGAGUUGCAUUAGAUUUGGGUCAACAAGGUCAACGCCGUCGAGCCACAACUGAAGUGGGGACCGCUUUGACUUCCCAUCUUUUAAGGAGAUUUGAGAAUGCAAAUGUUGAGCCCUGUGAUCGCAUCUCAAUUCAUCCUCGUGGCCAGACACUAUCACAAGUUGUAUUCAAUCGACUCGAUGAUGAAAAGUAUUUAUUCGAACGUCGACCACAGUUGCUUCACAGACUUCAGGUCUUACUUGGUGGGAGAGCUGCUGAGGAGGUGAUUUUUGGAAGGGAUACAUCAAAGGCAUCGGUAGAGUACCUUGCAGAUGCAACGUGGCUCGCCCGGAAAAUCAUCACAAUAUGGAACAUGGAGAACCCGAUGGUUAUACAUGGGGAGCCACCUCCAUGGAGAAGGGAGCCUAAAUUUGUGGGCCCACGUCUAGACUUUGAAGAAUCUUUAUAUGAACAUUAUGAUCUGAUUGAGCCAUCAAUUAACUUCAAAAUGGAUGAUGAAAUUGCAAAAAGAACAGAAGAUUUGAUGUCCAACAUGUAUGGAAAAACCGUUGCUUUACUCAGGCGCCACCAUACUGCUUUACUCAAAACCAUAAAGGUUCUUCUUUGUCAAAUGGAUAUGACUGGGGAUGAAAUUGAGUUAAUUCUUGAUGAAUACCCGCCAAAUACUCCAACAAGUCGGUUACUUGAGGAAGGUGAUCCAGGGAGCCUUUCCUUCUUUAAACAAAAGAAAGGAGAAGAUCUUGAAAUGGAGUAUAGCAUCUUGAGUCAAUGAUUACACGUGUUCAUGGAUCCCCAAUACAAAAAUUGCAUUCAUAUUUUUCUUCAAGUUUGUAGCAACAAAGUUUAUUUUUUAUUUUUUUAUGGGAGAGAGGAUUUCUGGGUUUAGAUUGUUGUUGUAUAGAAGGUUUUGUUGAAAUCUUGGAGGAAUCGUUAGAAUGAUUGUUUUUGUAUGUUGGUUCUAAAAUGCACAAGAUUUUCCCAGAUUUUACUUUUUGUUUAGAUUGUUGUUUGAAUGUUGGUUCUAAGAUACUUGUUGUUGUUAAUGACCAAAUGAGUAUUAACUUGUAGUUGCUAAUUAGUUAUUCAAAGAAUAAUAAUGUUUGUUGAAGUUUAAGA